GGUCUUACAGUUUAGUACAUGGGCAUUGUGUGGACUAGCAACUGUUCAGUAUAAUUAUACAAUGUUGUCAAAACAUUAAUGGCUCAGAGUAGUCACCAGUGUAUAGAACAACAUCCUGUAUUGAUUUAGUUGUCAGUGUUUCUAGCCUCUAAAAAUGCUGCUAUUGCAGUGCUCUCAAGUUAACAGUGACUUUUGGACUAUUUGCUAUACAGAAGUCUUAGUGAGAUAAUUUUGUGAGAUAAUGAGCUCAAAUUUAAAGCUCUUCGGAAUCCUUGAAGCAAUGCUACUGGUUGCUCUUGUCUCUCUGAGUGACUACAGUGCAGUGAUUUGCAGUGAAAUUUCUAAAGAAGACAGACAAGCUGUGUUUUGGGACAAAAACAUUGAUGAUGAGCUCUCUCAGCGACAUGUCUUCACGAGUAAUGAGUGGAAUAUUCUUAAGAAGAAGGCUCAAACACAGAAUGUUGUCAAACUGGAGAGAGGGUGUGGGAGACCUAAAAACAUGCUGGCAGUUCUAGAGGAUGGCAGCAAAGUUUGUUGCAGAUACAGAGAGCACCAAAUGAAAGAGCUGAGAGGAGAAAUAUACUCGUAUUUCUUCAACAGACUCCUCAAUUUGUGGAAUGCACCUCCAAGUGUUUUGGUUCUAGUUGAGUUCUCCAGUGAACAAUGGAAACAGGUUGCUAAACAAGCACAGGAUAUCGGGUGGAAAGAUAAAUCACACAUUGUAAUGACGUUCUACGUUGAUGAUAUUUCAGAUGUAUUCUUUCCAACCAUACUAAAAGACAGGAGCUUAAAUUUGACGAUUGAGACUGUUCAGAAGGCAUCACUUUCUCGGAAGGAAAUAUUUCAACUUGCACAGUGGAGUGACUUUAUACUCCACGACUUUAUAAUAGGGCACACAGAUAGACUGUUUAACACUCUUUUCAAUCUCCAGUGGAAUUCUAAGAUGAUGGACAUGUCAGUGCAUAACCUAAAGCAGACUAGCUCAGGGCAACUUGUACUGUUGGAUAAUGAAUCCGGUUUCUGGAUGGGUUAUUCGCUGCAAGAAUGGGAUCCAAAGAAGUACGAGUUCCAAGCUCAUUUUCUCAAUAGGCUAUGCUUGUUCAGAGAAAGUACAGUGGAGAGAAUUAACCAUUUCACAACUCUGAAUGAUAACUCAAACACUGCUGAUGAAUUUCUGGAACAUUUUAUCGAUAGUCAUGAUCAUUUUUCAUUCAGCACACUUCCAAAACUAACCGAAGCUUUUCGGUACGAAUUUGUGAUUAGAAUAUCAACUGUGCUCAAUCACAUACAGUCUUGCACCAAGAACCAGCACCACAGUCACUAAUAUAUGUUCAACCACUUUUGUGUCUUUCAAUUUCACUUUUUUAUUUGCAUUGACCCUUUACCACAUCACUUGGCAUAUCAUCAACAGACAAGUUUGUUCCUCCAUGAUUUUGCAGGUCGUUA